AUCAUAUAGGGCCCUGGUCCUGGCAACGUCCACAACAACAUGUCUCCCAAGGUUCUAACGAAGUCCGAUUCGGUCAACUCUUCGUGUCCUUUCUACACUUUCUACAUACCUAAACAUAUAUUCCAUUCACUAGUUGAUGUUGAACGCGUCAGAGCCCUAGCCUUACUUCCGCGUCCUGGUUCUCAAACUUGCGUCUUCCCCAAUUGGAUUGCCAUCCAGUAUAUGUCGAUUUUACGCUUUCAAUACUUUUGGUGAAAUUAGUGGUAACUUCACGCGACCCAGCAAGCUGUAAUUAAGACUCUGAAAUGUGCGACUGGCUUCCAGGCUUCAGACGCUCGCGCAACACAGAAACAGUCAACGCUUGAUUGAAGAUGUUAUUACGAAGCUAGCUAGAGACUAUGGCGGAGCUUACAUACACGGGCCGCGACCGCCGGGCUGGUGCCGCGGCGGGGUCGCCUGCACCGGCUGCCGCGCCGCAGCACGCGCAGCGGCCCUCCACCGCAUCUCCCAGGCUCCAAAGCCACCCCUGGGCAUCGCCGCAGCCCCCAGCUGGCAACAAUGCCCCGCCGCGCAGUCGGGCCGCCGCGGGCGCGGCUGCCGGCGCCGCAGGCGCCCCGGCCGCAGCCGGACCAGCACCGGGAGCCGUGCGGGCCAGCGGCGGGGCAGCAGCAGGCGGGGCCGGCAGCGGCGGGGUCCGGCAGCGGCCGCGGUCCGCGGCGCCCCUCCGGGCCACGGGCGGGCCGCGCACGCAGCUGGAGCGGCUGGACAUCCCCAGCCCGCCGCCGCCGCCCGCGCGCCAGUUCGGGCGGGUGUCGCUGUACGACCACGCAACAGAGGAGCACCCGCCGCACAUGGUGCCGGGCCCCACGAUCCUGCGCGACCUGGACAAGCCGCGUGUGGGCUUCCCCGCCCGGCCGCCCGAGGACUUCCUGCGCUCGGGCGAGGGGCUGACGCUGCGGCAGCGCAACACCAUAAAGGACCACCUGCGCAAACACCCCGUCAACAGGGAGGCGCCGUUCGUCAAGGGCACGGGCGGCGUGCACCUGUCCUACGACUCGCUCUUCGCCUACAAGGCCUCGCCGCCGUCACGGCAGCCGCUGCCCCACUCGUUGCUGCGCACCUACUACGACAACGGCACUCUGGACUUUGUGAGCGUGCGCUGGCGGGGAGCGCGGGCGGACGCGCUGGCCUGGAGCAGGCGCGCGGACAAGGGCCAGGAGGGCAACGCGCGCUCCAGCGGCUUCACCACCUGGGGCUGCGAGCUGCCGGGCGAGGUGGAGCCCGCCACCUGGCUGCCGGUGUUCAUGGACGGCAUUCGCGAGUACGAGGAGCCGUACAGGUUCUUGGCGAUACGCGGGUCUGAGGACCUCAUGUACAAGGCCGGAGACACGCUGCACCAGUUUGCGGAUGCGCUGGUGGCUCCUCUCAAGGUGGCGCUGGACACGCGGGAGCCUACCACCGUGGCGGUGGCGCUGCAGCUGAUGAACAACGCCAUCACACUUGACCCGGAGGUGGCGGCCGUGUGGGCGCCGCACUACUGGCAGUUCGCGCAGGUGCUGAACCUGUUCCGCAGCCGCGGCGGGGGCCUGGUGGUGGACCUGGGCUAUAACCGGCGGGCGGUGGCGUCCUGCGCACGGCUGGCCACACAAUUCAUGACCGACUUCGAGAUUGCCGGCGGCCAACUGGCCACCGCGGCGGUGCGGCGCUACUCUCCCGGACACGACCCGGCAGUGACGGAUGCCACCAUGGCGCGAGCCACGGCCAAGGCGGUGGCCAAGUCCCUGGAGCUGGGGCAGGACCACGGCACACUCAAGCCCUUCACGCUCUUCUAAUUAAAGCGGUGCAGCAAGAUCGAUGCCGGGGCACAAUUCGCAUUGAUGAGAUCAGUGGGGACCUGGAUUGGGUUCUUGAAAGAUGGAGGAGGCAGUUCAUCGUACAAAUGUACAGUAUAUGUUGCAUGUGGGCUGGGGCUCUGACUCUGAGUCAUUGUAGUAGGACUCGCAAUAGCUGCUGGUCCCUCUUGUAACCAAUGCAAUAGCUGCUGGAGGCUGCGGUCAUAGCUAGCAGGCAGCGGAGGAGCGCGGGGUUAGCGAGAGCGGAGCGGAGUGCGUUGCACAUGUUGCACUGCGGCGACGUGUCGGAGGUUGGCUUGCGCGGCAUGUGGUCGUGCCGAGUCGUGCAGCACAUGCCGGCAACUCGCAUCUCAGGCCCGCCUGCAUGGAGAUACGAGCCCAGUGGUUUGGCCACGGAGCGAAUGAUGCGUGGUGACCAGGGGAGGUGACUGCCCUAUCGCAUGCUGUGGUGGUGACUGCCCUAUCACAUGCUGUGGUACAAGACUGCAGUUGUGCAGGCGGGUGCAGGUCCUGCCACCUGCCAAUGUGCCUGCGAGGGGGGAGGCGGCAAAGCGGCGGCAAUGGAUUUGGACGCUGGAGACCCUGACCCCAUGCCCUGAACCCCAAUAAUUGACUAGUGUUGCGGAACUAAUGCGUACGUAGACCAGAGCGGAAGGUGGAGUGGGCUAUGGGAAAUUGGGGCCGCAGGGCGUGGCCGCAGGGGCAGGGCAGACAGUCCAGAGUGUGUAUGGGUAUGUGUGGUGGUGGUGGUGGUUGUGGUGGUGGUGGUGGUGGUGGUGGGGAUGGGCGGAACCAACCCAACCCAGCCGCACCUAGCAUGGGCUCGGUCCGUAACGGCUCCUAGCCGAGCUCCUAGCCUCCUAGGCCAGAGGA